AUGCCUAUGUCCGCCGGACAGGAUGUCUGGCACGCGCCGACCAACAGCCAGGUCUCCGGCAGUAGGACGCAGCCUGCUGUCGUGGAUGAUCUCCCGGCGCGGACGCAGACGCCGAGCCACAACCCUCCAGCGUUGAUACCUGAGGCAUCCGAGCUUGACGAUGACCAGCGUCGCGCUCACUUUGAUAGCUUGUUCCGCCGCGCCGAUCAAAGGCUGGCGCUGCUAUUUGGCGACAACGGCGAUUACAACCGAGCCGCGCUCGAGGAGAUGAAGCGGCCGCCGACUCCACCCGUACCCCUGUUCGCGCCCGCGACAGAUCAUACGCCUAUCCAGGAGCCCCCCCGCAAGAGGGCAAAGCGCGUCAUUGACGAAGACGAUUACGGUGACGAUGAUGACGAAGAAGAUGCGGACGAAGAUACCGAUCGCAUCGUGCAGACGUCACAAGGCCUCCAGUCGAAACACGCCAAUGCCGCCGCCGCCAGGACCCUGCUGUCCCCGUCCAAGUCCGGGAGUUCACCGGUCCAGUCGAUCCCGUCACCCGGAAAGCGCCCAGAUAAGCUCCAAGACGAUGGCCCGCAGGCACAAGCCAAGUCCUCUGAGGACGCCCGCAAGGAGCUGGAGGAAGCGCGCAAUGCGACCGAGGAAGCGGCGAAGCGGAGUUUUCACACGCUGUUUUACACGCUCGAGAACGACCGCACUGCGAUGCUCGAGCAGCAGCAACUGGAGGAGUCCGAGAAGCAAUUACAGGCCGAAAUGGACAAGACCGGCCAUAGCCACACGAACCAGCCCGGGCAGAACCACGGCUCACUCAGCAGUGCGAAUCUCGGGGCAUCAAGUCUUACCUUAAAGCAUCUCAUUGCAAGGAUAGACAUGAAGCGCGAGAAGGUGCGCGCCUCCGAUGCCGAGCUCCGCUCACUGAUGAACGAGGUCCGCAAGAAUAGGAGCAAAUGGGCCAGCGAAGAGAACGUUGGACAGGAAGAGCUCUACGAGGCACUUGAGAAGGUGCUCAGCGAGCUGAAGGCGCACACGGAAUAUUCGACCCCGUUUUUGAAUCGAGUGAAUAAGAGAGACGCGCCAGAUUAUUACAACUUCAUCAAGCAACCCAUGGACCUAGGAACUAUGACGAAGAAGCUGAAAGGUCUUCAGUACAAAUCCAAGGCCGAAUUCGUUUAUGACCUCAACCUCAUCUGGGACAAUUGUCUUAAGUAUAACCAGGACAUGGGUCAUCCCCUCCGCCGCAUGGCGAAUGGCAUGCGGAAAGAAGCCGAAAAGCUCAUUCCGCUCAUCCCAGAUCUCGUCAUAAGGCCGAGAGCAGAAGUGGAGGCCGAGGAACGCCGAAAGCAGAACGGCGGCGAGGACGAUGCCGGCGAGGAUAGUGACGAUGAGCCGAUCAUGUCAUCCAGGGGACGAAAAGCUGGCACCAAAGGCGCCAACAAGUCCCGGAAAGCGCCGUCAGACCAAAAAGGUGGGGAAGAAGGAACCCCAAGCGUGGAGCAGAAGCCCUUGCUACAACUUAAUGGCCUCCUCGCCAAAACCAGAGAAGGCUCCGAGGUGGAGGGCAGCAAUGGCUUCGGCACCCCUCAGAUCGCAGGCUCUCUGACGCCAAACGGCAUGGGCGGCCAUUCCGGCGCCAGUAACGCUGAUGCAAUGGAUAUCGACGGGCCGUCAUUGAGUGGCAUGGCCCUCGGCCAAGCACUCGGUGAGGCGGCGGAGCAGGCUUACGAAGAUGAAGCGUACAAAAUCUGGAAGCAGGUUACGAAAAAGGACCGGGCCCUUAUAGCCAAGGAGCGGUAUCAGCUGUUUGCUGGCAACAAGCUUAACCCCGACCAACCCGCUCUCCUGAGAACCAAGGCAGGAAUGCGCCGGUUCCUGAAGUCUCGGCGAGAGGCGGAAGCACUUGGUCUUGUCCACAAUGCUCACCUCGACGCUUCGGCGGCUGGUUCAAAAGAUGGGUCUCAGGCUCCGGAAACACUAGCUGAGGGCAUGGAAGAUGAAGUCGACCGGUCGGUCCCGUCAUAUUACGAGCCCCAGACCGUCAUCCCCGACAUCGACCCAAAACUCCAAUGGGUUGAGGAUGGCGAAGGGCAAGUCAUCAAUCAAUUUGAAGACAUGCUCCGGCUAGUCCCGCCGGGGCACUUCACUUCGCCAUCGAGUCGACUUACUCAAAAGAUUGACGGCAACAUACGGCAGAUGCAAGAGACUCGCAAGUUGUGCUCUAAGAUUAGCGUGAUAAAACAGAUGCAAAUCCAGACGCACGUUUACACUAAUCAGUUUCCAAAAUAUAACCCGGAGCCAUUUUUCGAAACCGAUAUCGAACCACACUUCCUUGCAGGGGAAGGUCCGGUGAUGGCCGGCGAAGCUUGCAGGUCGGCGAUGCAGCGCUCGGUGGCAAAGAUCUUCUACCACGCUGGUUUCGAGGAACUGCAGCCAUCAGCGCUCGACACCAUCACCGACAUCGCUGGUGAUUACUUUCAGAAACUGGUUCGCACGUUUAACGUUUACCGGGAGGCCGAGAAGAAGCCUGCUACCGGGGUAUGGGCGGAAAGAGGCGCUCGGUUCCAACCACGCUUCACCCCCGAAGAGGUGAUUUUGCACACGCUGAACGAGAACGGCCAUGACGUGGAUUCGCUGGAAAGCUAUGCCCGUGACGAAAUCGAUCGGCUGGGCAACAAGCUUGGCCAGAUCCACGAGCGCAUGAAAGCCCAUCUUGCGGACCUCUUGCGGCCCGCCCUCACCGACGCAGGCGCCGACGGCUCAGGCGCUUUCAAUGACGGAAGCGAACAGUUCAUCGGCGGCGACUUCGCCGAGGAGCUGGGAGAGGACUUCUUCGGCUUCAAAGCCCUCGGUCUCGACAAAGAUCUCGGCCUGGAAAUGCUGUCCGUGCCGCUGCACCUCCUACAAUCUCGCGUCCGCAGCCAAUACCAGAUGCAGACCCAGACUGCGGGCACCGCAACCGCCGACCUAUUCGAACCGUUGCCGCCCUCGGAGCCGGUUACCAAGGAGAAUAUCCAGGAGCAGAUCGGCCUGGUCAAGAACUUCUUCCUCGCCAAGCUGCAUGCUAAUGGCGACCAGCCCCUCGUCGAAGACGAGGACCUGCCCGUCAAGCAGCGCCGCGCGCGGCCGAGGCUGGGUGCCACGGGCAAGAUCGUCUCGCCGCAGAAACGGAGCCCGAAGGAGCAGGUCGCGCUGGCGAAGAAGAAGAAGAAGCUCGAGAAUGGGCAUGCGCAAGUUACGGAUGGUGCAGCAAAGGCAGGCACUGUCUCGCCUGAAAAGAAAAAGGGUAGUCAUCCAAAUCUCAAGGGCGGGCCGGCGCUCAACCCUCCUACCACGGGUGGUGGGAGUAGUGGUCAGAAUCUGGCUGUGCCCGUAUCCGACGGUCCGGCGGAUGGUAGUGGUGGUCUGGCGGAUGGGCUGAGCCAGGCGACAGAUAAAGAGGAGGCCAUGACGGGAAUGAUGAGCCCCGAGAGUCUCGAGCAAAGGUGA